GCCUCGAGCGCGGUCCGAGCGUUCAGCGGACGCGCGCGGCCUCGCUCACAGGACUCGUCACCCGCCCCUCCCCCUCCCGCCGCCGUCACCCGGGAAACCGGCCUCAAUCGCUGGCGGACCUGAAGCUGGUUUCAUGGCAGCCUCAAAGAAGGCAGUUUUGGGGCCAUUGGUAGGGGCAGUGGACCAGGGCACCAGUUCGACGCGCUUUUUGGUUUUCAAUUCAAAAACAGCUGAACUACUUAGUCAUCAUCAAGUGGAAAUAAAACAAGAGUUUCCAAGAGAAGGAUGGGUGGAACAGGACCCUAAGGAAAUUCUACAUUCUGUCUAUGAGUGUAUAGAGAAAACAUGUGAGAAACUUGGACAGCUCAAUAUUGAUAUUUCCAACAUAAAAGCUAUUGGCGUCAGCAACCAGAGAGAAACCACUGUAGUCUGGGACAAGUUAACUGGAGAGCCUCUCUACAAUGCUGUGGCUGCUCCAGUUUCUCCUGGCCCUUCAGUUCCAGUUGCCGUUGUUCCCUCUGGCUCUUCAGUUCCAGCUGCUGGUACUUCCUCAGUGUGGCUUGAUCUAAGAACCCAGUCUACUGUUGAGAGCCUUAGUAAAAGAAUUCCAGGAAAUAAUAACUUUGUCAAGUCCAAGACAGGCCUUCCACUUAGCACCUACUUCAGUGCAGUGAAACUUCGCUGGCUCCUUGACAAUGUGAGAGAAGUUCAAAAGGCUGUUGAAGAAAAACGAGCUCUUUUUGGGACUAUUGAUUCAUGGCUUAUUUGGAGUUUGACAGGAGGAGUCAAUGGAGGUGUCCACUGUACAGAUGUGACAAAUGCAAGUAGGACUAUGCUUUUCAACAUUCAUUCUUUGGAAUGGGAUAAACAGCUCUGCGAAUUUUUUGGAAUUCCAAUGGAAAUUCUUCCAAAUGUCCGGAGUUCUUCUGAGAUCUAUGGCCUAAUGAAAAUCUCUCAUAGCCUGAAAGCUGGGGCCUUGGAAGGUGUGCCAAUAUCUGGGUGUUUAGGGGACCAGUCUGCUGCAUUGGUGGGACAAAUGUGCUUCCAGAAUGGACAAGCCAAAAAUACGUAUGGAACAGGAUGUUUCUUACUAUGUAAUACAGGCCAUAAGUGUGUAUUUUCUGAUCAUGGCCUUCUCACCACAGUGGCUUACAAACUUGGCAGAGACAAACCGGUAUAUUAUGCAUUGGAAGGUUCUGUAGCUAUAGCUGGUGCUGUUAUUCGCUGGCUAAGAGACAAUCUUGGAAUUAUAAAGACCUCAGAAGAGAUUGAAAAACUUGCUAAAGAAGUAGGUACUUCUUAUGGCUGCUACUUUGUCCCAGCAUUUUCAGGGUUAUAUGCACCUUAUUGGGAGCCCAGUGCAAGAGGGAUAAUCUGCGGACUCACUCAGUUCACCAAUAAAUGCCAUAUUGCUUUUGCUGCAUUAGAAGCUGUUUGUUUCCAAACUCGAGAGAUUUUGGAUGCCAUGAAUCGGGACUGUGGAAUUCCACUCAGUCAUUUGCAGGUAGAUGGAGGAAUGACCAGCAACAAAAUUCUUAUGCAGCUACAAGCAGACAUUCUGUAUAUUCCAGUAGUGAAGCCCUCGAUGCCUGAAACCACUGCACUGGGUGCUGCCAUGGCAGCAGGGGCUGCAGAAGGAGUCGGCGUAUGGAGUCUUGAACCCGAGGAUUUGUCCGCCGUCACAAUGGAGCGGUUUGAACCUCAGAUUAAUGCUGAGGAAAGUGAAAUUCGUUAUUCUACAUGGAAGAAAGCUGUGAUGAAGUCAAUGGGUUGGGUUACAACCCAAUCUCCAGAAAGUGGUGACCCUAGUAUCUUCUGUAGUCUGCCCUUGGGCUUUUUUAUAGUGAGUAGCAUGGUAAUGUUAAUCGGAGCAAGGUACAUCUCAGGAAGCUGGAAAAUCAACUUAAGGUCUAAUUAGUUAGACUAAUCUUUGGGUGCAGUUAGAAGUAAGAACUAUGACUCUGCUUAACCUUUUUAAAUUUUUAAUGUGAUGAUUUCUUUGAGAGGGACUACAUUCUGCUGUCAGCUACAGCAGUAAGCAAAAGUGAAAAUACUAAUGUUUAAAUGAAAGGACUUCCAAAUUGACUGCUGAAAGUUAAAGUAUAAUUUUGACAUUAAUUAAAUUGUCUUUUAAAUAUGUAUAAAUUAUUUUUCAUACUCCUGAAAAUUUGCUAAGCAAGUCUUAACAUUGAAUUCUGGCAAGACUUUCAGCCAGAGCAUGUCAGCAGAGUUCCUGUAAAACUCUAAAACCAGGGAAGAUUUAUAGUUACUUUUAUUUCAGUUAAAAGAAUAUAUUUUAUGAACUGAAGGUUUAAACAUUAUUGCUUAAAUAAAUUGGGGUUGAAAUGAAAACAGAAUUAUUUUUCCACAUUAACUUCUACCGAAUACUUUUUAAAAUAAAAGUAAAGUGGUUCAGCAUGUUAUGAAAUAUAUUGCAUAAUCUUAUUAAUUUAUGAUAGCCAUUUUUGGAAGCCACUCCUGAUGAUAGCUCAGUUUUUCUUAAAAUUACUGGCUUAAAUAGAAAUGAUGUUUCUUAUUCUGCAUGUUCCCAUAAAAUUGAAGCUUUAAAAAAAAAUCUUCAUGAUUAGGGAAAUAGUUAAAUUCUCUCUUAUUUAAUAAGGUAAUGACCUGAGUUCAAGACGUAAAAUUUAAACUUUAGUGAUACGAGAGGGAACAUCUGUUUGUGAAGAUCUGACAAACAUUUAUUUGGCUUGGCAUUAUCAGUUUAGUGCUAUAUAUAAAUGUGGAAUGAAAGUUAUUUACAGAAAAUUAUUUGCAGAACAUUAGAUUAUCUUUUAAUGAGAAAAUUUCGGUUACUUGCAUGAGAAUUUAAAACUAGAUUAUCUUACUUUUUUCCAUAUUCUGAAUGUUCAAACAUAUUCAGAAUAAAUUUGUUCAAAUUGCCUGCUUCUGUACUAACAAUACCUUAGUUUGGUAUCAGUAAAAGAAGAAAACACUAUGGAAUACUACAGAAAAUAUUGUAAAUAUUGUUUCCAAAAAUACAACCACUAGUCCAAAUAAACUUAUUUUUUCUUUGAAUUACCUUACAAAGGACCUCUGUAUACAUAAAUCUAUGGGGAAUCUGUUCUUUCUGCUUCUCAAGAAUGUUUGGUGGAAGACUGUAAACAUUCCCAUGAGAACUGUAAUUUAAAUCUAUAAAGAAACAUAUACAUUGUUUUAGAAAAAGUUCUGUUACUUUUCAUUAUCCUGAGUAUUUUGGGCUGCAUAAUGAUGGUCUGGAAAAGUAAAGAAAAAAAAACAUUGCAGCUGAAAAUUUUGACUUUUUUCGUUUGUUUCUCCCUUGGUAUUAUGACAUCAUGAAAAGGCCUUGUCUCUAUGAACAUUGAGACAUGUGGCAUCUCUCUAAGCUAAAAGAUGCGCUAAGUGUCCAGAUUCUUAGGCUUCUAAAAUGCAUGUGGUCACUAUAUUUAGGUUCUCUUUUUGGUGACAUACACUGCAAUUUGAGAGGGCUGGAAAUUGUUUGUCUUGGUAAACAAUUAGCAACAGUGGCAAUAUUUGCUAAUUUUGGAAUUGGCCCUGUUAUAUUUGUUGCAUUUUAAUUGUGAGGCAUGGUUUAGAAAUCAUAUGGACUUUCUAGCUUCAUAAAUGAUUGAAUAGUCUUCAUUGCUUUAACUCCUGAAUUGUAUGCACGUAUUAUUGACAUAUAUGGUUUUUGUUCCCCAUUUCAGGUAUUCCAUAAAUACUACCAACUCAUGGAUUCCCAAGAUUCAAGCUUUUUACAUAAUGAAAGAAUCCAGCAAUUCUGUCUCUUAAUGUGAUGACACUAUUCAUAGACUUUGAUUUUAUUUAUAAGCCACUUGCUGCAUGACCCUCCAAGUAGACCUGUGGCUUAAAAUAAAGAAAAUGCAGCAAAAAGAAUGCUAUGGGAACAUAUGGUGGCUUUUUUUUUUUUUUAACAUCCACGGUUAAGGUUGGGCCAGCUACCUUUGGGGCUGACCCCCUCCAUUGCCAUAACACCCUGCUCCAUUCCCACUAAAAUCUUGGAAGAAUUCAGAUCCUCACCCUUGGAACCUUCCAUCAAACACACUCAAACACUAUUGGACCAGGAUUUGAGUCUCUGCAUGACAUAUAUUUGAUUAAAAGGUUAUUACUAACCUGUUAAAAUGAGCAGCUUUUUGCAUUUAACAGACACCCCCAAAGUCUUCUUUUCUAUUUAGAAGACUGCAACACCUUUACUGAACGUUUGAAUAGAAACCUCUACUAAAUUACUAAAAUAGACAUUUAGUGUUCUCACAGCUUGGAUAUUUUUCUGAAAAGUAUUUGCCAAAACUGAAAUUCUUCAGAUAUUUUCCAAGGUCCUACUAAUUAAAAUGACUUUCUGUCUGGAUCUUAUAGGAAAGGAUACUUUCUUUUGUCUUCCAUCUUUCCUUUUUAUAUUUUUUACUUUGUAUGUAUAACAUACAUGCCUAUAUAUUUUAUAUACUGAGGGUGGCCCAUUUUUAAAUUAAGAGCACAUUAUAUUCAGAAGGUUCUAACAGGGCUGGUCUUAUGUAAACCACUAUGUAUAUAAAAUGUUGGAAAACAGCUGUAUACAUUUUUGGGCAACGGUUAUGCAUAAUAUUUGCCAGAAGAAUCUUUUUCUUAAAGAGCCAACAUUUAAAAUUUGUGUUUUAUGUCAAUAAAAGAAAAUAUACUUCAACUAUAUUUCUUAUCCCUUACAUUUUUAUUUAAUUGUCUUAGCUUAAAAAAAGAAGAAACUGCAGAAUACUACAGUAAAUAUUGUUUUCAAACACAAGCACUAAUUCAGAUAGUUAUCUUUCCUUUGAAUUAAUUUUAAGUGUAUUUUGGGUCCUAUUGAGGGGAUGAGAGGAUGUCAAAAAAAGUUAAAUAUCUAAGCAGAAUAAAGUUUAGAAAUAAAGCCAAGAAUCUCUUUCAUUUCAAAUGUUAUAAAUUGUUAAUAAGAAACAUGCUAUCUGGGGUGACAGAAUUAUCCCUGCUUAAUAUCAUAACUGAAAAAAGGUUUAUCAUUACAAAUGCCUUCCAAUGAAACCAAGAAUUUCUCAAAAUAUUUAAUGUCACAUAUUAUAAGAAGUUAUCUAAUGUAGCUUCUUAAGGUCAAUUUUUAAAAGUAUCUUAAAAUCACUUUGUUUUGUAGUAAAUAGUGAAGAAAAGGUUGCCUCCUAAUUAUUUUCUUCAAUGAGUACUGAAUGGGAAAAUAUUUAUAUCUUACUAUAAAAGGUUCUGUUUUGUUUAGAAUUAAUGGUAGCUUUAUUAACUGUUCUGAUUGUGCUGUUUCUAAAUUACUGAAUUGGGUAGGUUUUAUUGAUGCACCUGUCAUUUAACUGACAUAAAUACUAUAGAAGGGUAUUGUGAAAUGAUCACUUUGUGGCAGGGGUACUUUUAAACAUGAUUGUUUCUACAAAAGUAGGUUGAGUUCAUUGUAAAUAAUUGUGAAAACGACUGUUCAAAUAAUUUUAAGAUUACAUUAAUUUUUCUAUAAAUUGCAAGAUUUAUAAAUGUUUGAAAAUGUACACAUUGAUACCUAAUGACAAAUUGACUUAAAAUAAAUUGACCCCUCGUUCUUA